AUGAUGACCGAUUCAAAAUCUAGGGAAUUUGAGGCCAAAAUUCUUGCAUCCACAAUGUCCAUCGAACUUGAAAAUGCCGUCAUCGAUAUAAGCAUGGAUGCUCUCGACCGGUCCCCACUCGAGGGCAAGUGUGCAGCCCAUAUUAAAAAGAUCAUGGACCAGAGAUACGGAGCCGCCUGGCACUGUUUAGUGGGCAAACACUUCGGCAGGUCGCGUUGGGGAGACCUGGUCUCCAUUAGGACGGGUGUUCCCCACAAAUAUGACUUUGUAAUGUUCGUAACACUUAGCACUCAGUUCUAG